AUGCCCAACCCCAUGGAGACUUCUGGGGCCCUCUGCACACCUGUGAGCGGCGACCACCUCGAGGCCAGAAGGCGGGUAGCUGUGAAACGUGGGGCGGCCGCGCGUGGGUUGAGCGCGGGCCGAGACAGCUGUGAGCCGGCCGGCGCCGCAGGUGCGGCUCAUUGGCGCCCGCGCAGGAGUGAAGAGCGCGGCGGGCGCUCCGCGGGGCGUGCUGCUGUCGCCGCUUUCCGCAGCUGCGGCGGAGGAAGCGGGGCGGAGUCCCGGCGCGUGGGGGCCAUGCGGCCGCUGGCUGGGGCGGGUCUGCUGCUGUUGCUCGCCGUGCUCCGGCUGCGUGCCCACACACACAGGUGCUCUCUCUCACACACAGGGCUGAAGUGUGGGAUCCCUGCUGUUGAUGCCGAACGUAGGACAACUGUCUUGGAUUCUGGAUUCUUCUCUGGAAGUACUCGCUGGAGGGAUUCAGCAUUUGGUGGACAACCGUGGCAGGUCUCCCUAAAAUUAGGCGAGCACCGCUUCUGUGCAGGAAGCUUGAUCCAAGAUGAUCUGGUUGUUACAGCAGCACACUGCUUGGUUGGCCUCAAUGAGAAGCAAAUUAAGAGUCUGACUGUGACUGGGGGGCACAACCUCUUUCCGGACGGUAAACAAGAACAGAAGAUUCCUGUUUCAAAAAUGAUUAUCCAUCCUGAGUACAACAGACUUGGAUAUAUGAGCUCUGAUAUUGCACUGCUGUAUUUAAAACACAAAGUCAAGUUUGGAACUGCUGUUCAGCCAAUCUGUCUUCCCCAUAAAGAUGAUAAAUUUGAAGCAGGGCUUCUUUGCAUGACCAGUGGAUGGUGCAAGAUUUCAGAGACAUCAGAGUAUUCAGAUGUCCUACAAGAAGUGGAGCUUCCCAUCGUGGAUGACAGAACGUGUAAUUCUGUGCUGACGGGUAUGAAUUUUCCUCUCCUGGGGAGGACCAUGAUGUGUGCCAGUUUUCCUGAUGGGGAAAAGGAGGCCUGUCAGGGAGACCCCGGAAGUCCAUUGGUUUGUAGAAGAGGCAAUGGAAUCUGGGUCCUUGCUGGGAUAACUUCCCAGGGAGCUGGUUGGACUAGAGGUUGGACUUUAAGAAAUAACCAUAGAAGGGCAUCACCUGGCAUUUUCUCCAAGGUGUUUGAGUUGAUGGAUUUCAUCACUCAGAACACAUUCACAGAUUGUAGAUCUGAGAGACCAGUGUUAUUUGGAGAAAAUGGGAAGAUUCGUUACCACCAUUCCAAAGAAAGCAGCUGUUCUCAUAAUUGCUUAUGUAUGUGGAAAAUAAUGGUACCAGAAGAUAAAAUUAUCCUGAUAAAAUUUGCAAGCUUAGACAUACAAAAUCAAGUUGGUUGUGACGAUGGCUAUAUAUCUUUACAAUCAAGCAAUGGAGUGCUUAUUAGUAAGGUCUGUGGAGAUAAAUUGCCUUCACCAUUGCUGACUGAGACCAGUGAGGCCACAGUGACAUUUGUUUCUGAUCCAGAAAAUGGUGGCAGCAGCUUUGAGCUUACAUUUACUGCUGUUCAGAAGAACUCAGAAGCUGAUUCAGGCUGUGGGAGUGUAUCUGUAUUGGUGGAAGAAGGGAUGAUUCACUCUGCCAGUUAUCCUGACUCGUAUCCCAUGAAUGUAAAGUGUCAUUGGUUCAUUCGUGCUCCGGAGAAACACAUUAUAAAGUUGGAAUUUGAGGACUUUAUCACUGAAUUUAGCCCAAACUGUAUUUAUGAUGCUGUUGUGAUUUAUGGUGAUCCUGAAGAGGAGCACGAGUUAGCUAAACUUUGUGGGAUCUUGAACCCUACUCCAAUAUUCAGUCCUCAUAAUAUGCUGGUGAUUCAUUUUAAAAGUGAUGGUGAAAAUAACUUCCGAGGCUUCAAGGCUAGUUUCACCUUUUUGCUCUCAGACUCUUCAAACCAAGUUGGAUCAACAUCACCUCCCCAAACCAAUCUUGUAUCUUCUGCAAAACUUAUUCCAUAUGGUAUCUGUGGCAUCCCUCCAUUUAGUCUCCAGUGGCUUUCCAGAAGAACUGUAGUGGGGGAGGAAGCCUGUCCCCACUGUUGGCCAUGGCAGGUGGGUGUGAGGUUUCAAGGCAGUCACCAGUGUGGAGGUGCCAUCCUCAACCCAACCUGGAUUCUCACUGCAGCCCAUUGUGUGCAAUCGAAAAAUAAUCCACUUUUCUGGACCAUUGUUGCUGGGGACCAUGACAGAACCCUGAAGGAAUCAACUGAGCAGGUGAGAAGGGCCAAGCACGUUGUGGUGCAUGAAGACUUUGAUAGCCGGAGCUUUGACUCUGACAUCGCCCUAAUACAACUAAGCUCUCCUCUGGCGUUCAACUCCAUCGUGAGGCCGGCGUGUCUCCCAGAAAGCACGGAGCCACUCUUUUCCUCUGAGAUCUGUGCUGUGACUGGAUGGGGAAGCAUUAGUGAAGGUCGCGGCCUUGCAAGGCGCUUGCAGCAGAUUCAGGUGCUUGUGUUAGAAAGAGAGGUCUGUGAACAUGCUUACCGCUCUCACCCAGGAGGGAUCACAGAGAGGAUGAUCUGUGCUGGCUUUGCAACCUCUGGAGGGAAGGAUUUCUGUCAGGGAGACUCUGGUGGGCCAUUAGUAUGUCGACAUGAAAAAGGUCCCUUUGUCCUGUAUGGUAUUGUCAGCUGGGGCGCUGGCUGUGCCCAAACAAGGAAACCAGAUGUAUUUGCCAGGGUGAGUGUCUUCUUGGACUGGAUCCAAUCCAAAAUCAAAGGUACAGGUCCUGCUUCACUUCGGAUAAAUAAUGAAAGAAAAACCUUAACAAGACAACAGUUGCCACCACCCACACCUUCAAUAGACAAUGAGUCUGGACCAGGUUGUUAUUCUGAAGUGGAGCUAGAAGAGCCCAGAGGCUUUUUUUCAACUCCAAGAUAUCCACUGGAUUAUAGAGGAAAACUGGAAUGUUCCUGGGUGCUCAGAAUUUCACCUAGCAGUAUGGCAAAAAUGACGGUUGAAUAUCUGUCACUCCCUGGGUCUCCAAUAUGUCCAGAUUCAGUUAUGACUAUUUAUGAAGAAAGCCACAGUAAGAGAAGGGUGUCAGGUGAAUUAUGUGGAAGAGGGCUUUAUCCAAUGAUUUUCAUGAGCUCUGGACCACUGGUGAGGGUGACAUUUCGUUCCCUUGUGCAAGGUGCUUUGGGCAUAAGUUAUAUUGUCUUUAGAGUCCAAGGUCCAAAGGGCAGUAAAACUCCCAAACUUCUCCAAAGUUCAAACCAAGAACAUGUGGCCACUUAUGAGGAUGUUAUUCUGACUGAACCAGGAGGAAUCAUACAGAUCCCAAGAUACUCUCACAGAACCACUAUGAGUUGCCACUGGAAGUUAUUAGCCCCUUUAGAUCACAUCAUUCGCCUUGAUAUUAUCAACUUCCAGAUGAAGUCGACACCCUUGGCCUGUCAGGGUCAUAUAUGGGUUUAUGAAGGAUUUGGAUCAGGCAAAAAAUUAAUAGGUAACUAA